ACAGUUACACUGAACUCCGGUCUUUCAUUUUUCAACGACAUGUCGUUUUCCAUAGAUUAGAAUAAAGAGAACUUGUCGACAAAGGAGGUCGCCAAAGAUCGUACUUCACAUUACAUAACCUGUUGAAACUCUCUCAAAUCUCUGCUGGACUGGUAUAGCUAUGGCGUCCAUCUUCAGAUCGAAACCGGUUAUUCUCAUACUUUUCAUACAAUUAUGCCUUUCUCUCUUCGGUCCGGGCCUUGCGAUUUCAUCCAGUUCUGUAGAUGGUUACACCAUUAAUGGUAGAGUGAAGAUUGCAGCAGGUCUGGGUGCAAAAGGAUUUGGUCUUCCUGGAAAACUAUCCAAUGUCAAAGUUAUUCUCAAUGGUGGCCAAAGCAUCACUUUUCUGAGGCCUGAUGGAUAUUUUUCAUUCUAUAACGUGCCAGCAGGGACUCAUUUAAUUGAAGUUGCUGCAGUAGGCUAUUUCUUUUCUCCAGUCCGAGUUGAUGUUAGUGCCAGAUUCCCUGGCAAGGUUCAGGCAGCAUUGACAGAGAACAGAAGGGGUCUGAGCGAGUUGGUAUUAGAACCAAUCAGAGAUGAACAAUACUAUGAGAUUAGGGAACCAUUCUCUAUAAUGUCUGUUGUCAAGAGUCCAAUGGGUCUUAUGGUGGGAUUUAUGCUGGUGGUUGUGUUCUUGAUGCCCAAAUUAAUGGAGAACAUGGAUCCUGAGGAAAUGAGGAGAGCACAAGAAGAAAUGAGGCAACAAGGGGUUCCCUCCCUCGCAAGCUUAUUGCCGGGAGCACAAAGAUGAACCUUGUCAAUUGUUAGAGGCGAGCUGGAAAAUUCUGCAGCAUUGUGUUGAAAGGCUUUGUUAGAGUCGAGCAGAAUGUUCAAGCAUAUUGUCAAUUGUUAACGAUGUCCAUGGCCAAAAUUUCAUGGAGACUUAAACUAAUUAUAUUGGUUUCAGUUUUUGAAGAUUUCGUUCCAUUUUUGUAUUCCUGGUAUCAUCGUCUUUUUCACUUGAUUGAAGAGCGUACAAAAUAGGAAUUCACAUGCAAUACUUCUAGUGAAGUAUUUGAAUUAAUGUAAUUAGUUAAAUAGGGGCAGAAUGCAUAAGUUUAUCCCUAUACUUUCAAUGAAAACCCUGUAGUUGAACUUUUA